AUGUCAAAGCGCGUGCCUAUUAUUACUCAAAAUGAUGAUCCACCCGUGACUUUUAUAUAUCAUGCUGCUGAAUGUGAAUUAAAUGGCAAACAAUCACAAAGCGAUCGCGUAAUUGUUGUUAAUUCAAAGAUGCAAUACACAACGUCACCUGUGGCAUUAUCAUCAUUGCCUUCACAAACAUUUUAUCAUUCUCAUAUCUUCAUCUUCAUGCCAUUCAUUUGUGAUGAAAAUGUAAAUGAUUCCGAGAAAGAUAUCUAUACUCAUUGGGUGGAACAGCUCAACGAUGAGACACUUGACGAAAUAUCAGAUGUGAAUGAUAAAGAGAAAUUAAAAAUGAAAAUUUGGAAUAGAUUUAUAGAAACACAAAGGUUAUUAACAACCAUUAUUACCAGCACAAAAAUAUAA